AUGGACUAUUCUGUUAUUUAUGAAAAUCUACAGGCUUCACGAAGGAGUCACUCCUCGAAAGGUGUGGUUGGUAAGGUCUCAAAACAAGUUGCAUUGGCCUUUGUCCGCCGUACUCUUGCUAGAUGUCAAAAGUUUGAAGACGGUGGCACGAGUUGCUUUAGUGAGCCUAAUUUGCGGGAUGUUAUCUUCUCUGUGCUUCCAUCCAACACUGAUGUUAAUUCUGUUGAUUGUAUUGGCUCAAAGACCUCUGGUAGUAUGUAUAAUGAAGCACAGAGCCAUAAAGCAGAACCUAGGGGUUCAGCCACUGUUGCCGUUUCCAGUCCUUUUGAGAGAAACCAUUCUCGUAGUGAUAAUUUACUGAAUGAGGGGAAGAACAAGGAAGUGCUACUUGAUAAUAUACGUAGUGCUUCCUUAAAAUCAACAUCAGUUCUGGCCAGCACUGCCCUUUGUGAAGUGAAGGGAAAGAGAAGCGGGAGAGCGAGAGAUCAAAAUAGGAAUAUGUUGAUGAGCCAUCGUGUUUCUGGCACUGGUUGCCCAUCAGUAGGCACCUUCGGGAGUGACCACACAUCAAAAACAAAGCCCAGACAAAAUACAAAUCAUUCGUUCACUUCAGGAAAUGGAUGUCAGGACACAUUAAUGGAAGCAACAAAUCUUGCCUGCCCAUCAGUUAGUGAAUCCGAUCAAUCACUGGCUAAAGUUAGCAAUUCAUCGCGCAGAGAAGAAGGGCUUCCAUCUCCUGUUAACAUCACUCGGGAUUCAUCUAAAGAGGAAGAGGCUGCUGAUUUUGAAAUGUUGCGGCUAGAUGGAUUAGAAGAAAUAGGUGUGUCCGAUGAUCCUAGUGGGAUUCAAGAUCUCGGUACCUGGUUGAACUUUGAUGAAGAUGGCUUGCAAGAUCAUGACUCCAUAGGUCUUGAAAUACCCAUGGAUGACCUCUCAGAUUUGAAUAUGAUAAUGUAA